AUGUCGGCUUCACAGCGCGACCUUCCUAGCGCGCAAUAUGCGCCCCCCGACAAAAUAAGCCAGCUCCGAGGCUUCAUCAGCGAGCCGGUCAUAGCAGCGUUUUGCGCUGGCGGCGUCGCCGGCGCCGUCUCCAGAACAGUCGUUUCUCCUCUCGAAAGAUUGAAAAUAUUAUUCCAGGUACAAAGCGUUGGCCGUGAAGAAUACAAACUGUCAGUUGGCAAGGCUCUCCUGAAGAUGUGGAGGGAAGAGGGCUGGCGGGGCUUCAUGCGUGGCAACGGCACCAAUUGCAUACGGAUAGUACCGUACAGCGCGGUGCAAUUCGGCAGCUACAACUUCUACAAGCGGCACUUCUUCGAGGCGUACCCCGGCGCCGACCUGUCUCCCCUCACCCGGCUGUUUUGCGGUGGAAUCGCUGGCAUCACCUCGGUCACGUUCACAUACCCGCUCGAUAUUGUUCGGACGAGGUUAUCCAUCCAGACCGCCUCGUUUGCCGACCUGGGGGACAAGACGAGAGAGAUGCCCGGCAUGUGGAAGACGUUGGCAUCAAUGUACAAGACUGAAGGCGGGUUUCUGGCGCUGUAUCGUGGAAUCGUACCAACUGUUGCGGGAGUUGCGCCGUACGUGGGUCUGAAUUUCAUGGUGUACGAAUGGGUGCGAAAAUACUUGACGCCUGAGGGCGACAAAAAUCCAAACGCCAUGCGCAAACUGCUUGCUGGUGCUGUAUCUGGAGCUGUGGCGCAAACAUGCACAUAUCCCUUUGAUGUAUUACGGCGGCGUUUUCAAAUCAACACAAUGUCGGGCAUGGGCUACCAGUACAAGUCAAUACCAGACGCGGUCAGAGUAAUUUUCGCCCAGGAGGGAAUCAAGGGUUUGUAUAAGGGUAUCGUCCCUAACCUACUAAAGGUUGCUCCCAGCAUGGCGUCUAGUUGGUUGAGUUUUGAGAUGACACGCGACUUCCUGGUUGGUCUGCGACCGGAAGAGGCCGUCCUAUGA